AUGACAGAUUCACCAGCGCCACCGACGCGACGCGGAGCUCUCAUUGUUGUCGAAGGACUUGAUCGAGCUGGCAAAUCAAGUCAAUGUGAGAUGCUACGGGAUUCCCUCUCACGACAAGGUCGUGUGGUCAAAUACAUCCGAUUCCCAGACAGAACAACGCCCAUCGGACAAUUGAUUGAUAGCUAUCUACGCGGCACAUCGCACCAAGACGACCAUUCCAUUCACCUUCUUUUCUCUGCAAACCGAUGGGAGAUUGCGAAGAGUAUCGAAGAAGACAUCACGAACGGAAAAACAGUCAUUGUAGACCGCUACUCCUAUUCCGGGGUUGUCUACUCGGCCGCAAAAGCGAAUCCCACAUUAUCACUAGAAUGGGCGUGGCAGCCAGAAAUUGGCCUACCGCGUCCAGACAUCUGUCUUUUCCUUAGCAUUUCACCCGAGGAAGCGGCAAAGCGCGGUGGGUUCGGUGCCGAGCGGUAUGAAAACGAGGCAAUGCAAACCCGCGUGCGGGAGCUCUUCCGAGUGAUCUUUGAGAAGCAGCAUGAUGUGUCCAUUAUCGAUGCGGGGAAAGCAAUCGAUGAGGUUUCACGGGAGAUACAGGGCGCUGUAGCUGGUUGCAUUGCACGUCUGGACGCAACGGGCGCGUUGGGGAAAUUGGAGCCUUUUGGCGAAUUAACGAAUCAGAAAUUAGACUGA